GCAAAAAAUAGUUGAAAUAAAAAUAAGACUCAAGAAGGGAGAGAGAGAACAGCUGCACCUCCAACUAACUCAAUGCUUUUUGGCCCUUGAGCUCUCUUCGACAAUGGAAACUACUCUUCUCCAUUCCACCUUCCGCCUCACGAGUUUUCCCUCUCUAACUCGCUCUUCACGAUUCAAACGACUCAACUCACUCACAUUCAAACCCUUUUCCCUUUCUUUUUCACUCAGACACCGCCCCGUUACUUGCUUUGCUGAGGCCCAUAAUAAUCACCACCACCACCACGAUCGUCAUCACCAUCACCAUCAAGAUCAUCAUCAUCAUCACCACCAUAACCACCACCACCAUGAAAAUUGUACUGAGCUGAGCGGGCCUCAGAAAGCCGUGAUUAAAUUUGCUAAAGCCACAAGAUGGUUAGAUUUAGCGAAUUUCUUGAGAGAGCAUUUGCACCUUUGCUGUUCUGCCACGGCUUUGUUUUUAGCUGCUGCAGCUUGUCCUUAUUUGUUGCCCAAGCCGGCGGUUAAGCCUUUGCAGAAUGCUUUUAUCUUUCUUGCUUUUCCUCUGGUUGGGGUCUCAGCAUCACUUGAUGCUAUUACUGAUAUUGCUGGUGGAAAAGUAAACAUCCAUGUACUGAUGGCUCUUGCAGCCUUUGCAUCAGUAUUUAUGGGAAACUCCUUGGAAGGAGGAUUGCUUCUUGCAAUGUUCAAUCUGGCUCACAUUGCUGAAGAGUUUUUCACCAGCCGCUCAAUGGUGGAUGUUAAAGAGUUGAAGGAAAAUUAUCCAGAUUCUGCUCUUGUGCUGGAUGUUAAUGAUGAUAAUGUACCAGACAUCUCUGAUUUGGCAUAUAGAAGUAUUCCUGUGUAUGACGUGGAAGUUGGCUCGUAUAUUUUGGUUGGAGCUGGUGAGGCUGUUCCUGUAGAUUGUGAAGUUUUCCAAGGUAGUGCAACAAUUACAAUUGAACACUUGACUGGGGAAGUCAAACCCGUAGAGGCUACGGUUGGGGACAGGAUUCCUGGUGGCGCAAGGAAUUUGGAUGGUAGAAUGAUUGUGAAGGCUACGAAGACCUGGAAAGAAUCCACACUUAGUAGAAUUGUGCAGUUGACUGAAGAAGCACAAUUGAAGAAGCCAAAACUUCAAAGGUGGCUAGACGAAUUUGGUGAGCAAUACAGCAAGGUGGUGGUUGUUUUAUCAGUCACUAUUGCUCUCAUUGGGCCAUUUCUUUUUAAGUGGCCAUUCAUUGGUACACCAGCAUGCAGAGGAUCAAUCUAUAGAGCAUUGGGUCUCAUGGUAGCAGCUUCACCAUGUGCCUUGGCUGUAGCUCCAUUGGCAUAUGCAACUGCUAUUAGCUCUUGUGCUAGAAAGGGCAUAUUGCUUAAAGGUGGACAAGUACUAGAUGCUUUAGCUUCUUGCCACACUAUUGCAUUUGAUAAAACUGGGACAUUGACAACUGGGGGACUCAUGUUCAAAGCAAUUGAACCAAUUUAUGGGCACUUGGGCAGAAAAGAGAAGACAAAAUUUUCUUCCUGUUGCAUUCCCAGUUGUGAAACAGAAGCUCUAGCUGUAGCAGCUGCCAUGGAAAAGGGUACUACUCACCCUAUCGGAAGAGCUGUGGUAGACCAUAGUACAGGAAAAGACCUUCCUUCUGUUUCCAUUGAAAGUUUUGAGUACUUUCCUGGUAAAGGUCUUACAGCGACUGUUAAUGGCAUUGAGUCAGGGGCUGGAGGGGAUAAAAUGUCAAAAGCAUCUCUUGGUUCUGUAGAGUUUAUCACUUCUCUCUGUAAAUCUGAAGUAGAAUCAAGAAAGAUCAAGGAAGCUGUUGAUGGUUCUUCUUAUGGAAGCAAUUUUGUCCAUGCUGCUCUCUCUGUUAAUGAAAAGGUAACAUUGAUUCACCUUGAGGAUAGGCCUCGCCCAGGAGUUUCAGAUGUUAUAGGGGAAUUAAAAGAUCAAGCAAGACUACGUGUCAUGAUGUUAACUGGUGACCAUGCGUCCAGUGCAUGGAGAGUUGCAAAUUCUGUUGGCAUCAAUGAAGUUUACUGCAGCCUGAAGCCUGAGGAUAAGCUCAAUCAUGUCAAGAGUAUCUCCAGGGAUAUGGGCGGAGGUUUGAUCAUGGUUGGUGAAGGCAUUAAUGAUGCACCAGCACUUGCUGCUGCAACUGUUGGAAUUGUGCUUGCUCAACGGGCAAGUGCAACAGCUAUAGCUGUCGCAGAUGUCUUGUUGCUUCGGGAUAAUAUCUCUGGCAUUCCAUUCUGUAUUGCGAAGUCUCGGCAAACAACUUCCCUGGUCAAGCAGAGCGUUGCCCUUGCUUUAUCUUGUAUAGUUUUGGCCUCUCUUCCAUCAGUUUUGGGCUUUCUGCCCCUGUGGUUGACGGUUCUUUUACACGAAGGUGGGACUCUUCUUGUUUGCCUCAAUUCCAUACGAGCUCUCAAUGACCCCUCAUGGUCCUGGAGACAGGAUUUAUGGAAUUUGGUUAAUAAAUUGAAAUCUAGGCAUUUCUUCUGGAGGAAACAUAACACCAGCUCAAGCACCCUCCACGCUGCUCCUUUGUAACUAGACUUAUUUAUAUUCUUUUGGACCUCUUUUCUCCAAUUCUUUUUGAAAUUGAUAGAUGCAGGACUUAACUCUGUGUGUAUAACACGAAGUCCCAAGAUAUACGAGGAGAUCUAUGUCAAGAAGAAAUCUCCCGGAGUUGUACAAAGUUGACCCUGAAAAUCUAAUAAAAAAGUUAAUGAAGUUUUGGUUGGUGAACUAGAA